AGGGUGCCUGGCUGCAUCUCAAACGUGCGGGUCUCUGUCGCCAGCAAGGAGGAUGAAAGCGGAUCGCUGAGAGUCUCACUGGACGGGGACGCGGACGCGAGGGUAGCUAGAGGCAUGCUGGCGCUGCUUGUCAAGGGACUUGGCGGGCUGACGGCGCAGGAGGUCCUGUCGACACGGUCCGACGACAUCAUCCAGGCAGCGAACUUGAAGAGCCUGCUGCCCACCGGAAGGAACGACGGGCUC